CUAGCAUCCUGAGACAUCCCAGCCCACCUCUCUCAUCCGCUCAGCAGCAUGCAGGCCCCUGGCGCUGCCCAGAUCAUCCUCCUCUGCACCAUGGUGGCCCUCCUCUGCAGCCAGGUCCUCGCAGCACCCUAUGGCGCUGACACCCCAACAGCCUGCUGCUUCUCCUACGCCUCCAGGCCAGUACAACGCAAAUUUAUAGUCAGCUAUUUCGAGACCAGCAGCCAGUGCUCCAAGCCGGGCAUCAUCUUCCAGACCAAAAAGGGCCGGCAGAUCUGUGCCAACCCCAGUGAGGCCUGGGUCCAGGACCUCAUCAACGCCCUGGAACAGAGUAGCAGCCAGCCUGGAGUCACUGCCAUGUCCAAGUGA